UAUGGACUCCCGAUCCACCACCAGAGACAGAGAGAGAGAGAGCAUACAGAGAAAUGCUGAGAAGAAAACCAAGCAAGAUAGAAGUUAAGGUCGAGGACAAGGAAGAAUUAGAAGAAGCCCGCAAGCGCUCCACCACCGCCGCUCCCCCUCCGCCCACUGGCGCCGCCGCUAUCCUCCACCAUUUAGACCGCAACAAGGACCCCUCCACCAAAUCCCAACGAAUCGGCCUUUCUUCUUAACACCACCCAUUUUCUAACUCUACUCUUUAAGGAAUAAACCAAAAGGCAAUAAGGAUUAGAUUAGGAGAAAUGGAAGUAGAGGUCAAGCUCCGCCUCCCGGACUCCUCCGCUCACCAGAAGCUCUCUGAAGUCCUCUCACCCUUCCACCUCAAAACCCACCUCCAAGAAAACGUUUUCUUCGAUGGCGCAGCUGCCGAACUCUCUUCUAAGCGUGCCGUUCUCCGCCUCCGCUUCUACGAUAGCGACUCCCUCUGCGUCGUCUCUCUCAAAGCCAAAGCCGUCAUCGUUGACGGCAUCAGCCGCGUCGAAGAGGAUGAAGAGGAGAUUGAUCCUUCCAUAGGUCGCGUUUGUGUUGCCGAGCCUUGGCGGCUUGCAUCUCUUGAUUCGUCAAGGAUCUUGAGGAGGGUUAAGGAAGAAAUCGGAAUUGGUGAUAAGGGUUUUGUUUGUCUGGGUAGGUUCAAGAAUGUUCGAGCAGUUUUUGAUUGGAAAGGGUUGAAGUUGGAAUUAGACGAAACGCAAUACGAUUUCGGGACGUGUUAUGAGAUCGAGUGCGAGAGCGCCGAUCCAGAGAGAGUCAGGAAAUUGCUUGAAGAGUUCUUGACGGAGAAUGAGAUUAGUUAUUCGUACUCGGAGGUUUCUAAAUUUGCUAUCUUUCGAUCUGGGAAGCUGCCAUAGUGAGUGAACAGCGAUACCCUCUGGCCCGAUACCCCUCUUUCUGAAUGAUCAUGGAUGCUGGACGCCCAUUGAUGCCAAACUGAUUAGAUCAAUUGUGGAGGCUAGGUGGCAAAGUGUAUGUCAAGAACUGAAACUACCUCUUAUCUAGCAGACAAUAAUCCAACAAACACAUCCAUUCUAAUGCAACUUUGUUUUCAAUGCAAUUAUUUAGUCAUCCAUGAAAAUCAUCAUUUCCCCCAUCCAGCUUAUGUUAUUGAUUCCAAUUAUAUUCAUGAUCAAGCAAACCGUUUUUUGUUGUUGAACCAUAUGAUGCAAGUUUAUAAGUUAUUAUGUUUGCCACAUGUGUA